CCGGCGGCCAUCUUACCACAGGCACGCUCUCUGGCGGAGUGUGUGUACCUGAGGGAAGGAAAUUGCUGAGUGAAGAUGCCAGACUUUUGUGCAGCCUACGGAUGCUCUAACCGCCGGUGUGUUGAAACCAGAGCCCGCGGGAUCACCUUUCACCUGUUUCCCAAAACCGGAGAGAGGAGGAGGAAGUGGGAACGUGCCCUAAGAAGGAAGGGUUUUGCUGCCACUGGCAGGACUCUGCUCUGCAGCGAGCACUUCAGGGGCGAGGACUUCGACAGGACGGGGCAGACCGUCCGGCUUAAAGAUGGUGUGGUGCCGUCCAUAUUCAACUUUCCGGCUCGUCUUCAAAGGUCAGUAGCAACAAGAACCACAGCCACUUCAAGAAGAACAGAAGCCAACGUGCCAGCGAGCUCGUCCCAGGAUGCACCUCAACCUGAUGCUCAGGGGGCCACUGCACAGAGGGCUUUGAGCGGCACGCGGCAGCCCACUGACCACCUGUAUGCACUGCCUGCUUGCCCCAAGGCCAUAAAGGCCAAACUGGAAGAAGCGUCGGCGAGAGUGAGGAAGCUGCAGCGGGAGAAGAAUAAUGCCUUGAGGAGAGAAAGGAGGGCCAAGAACAACAUGCAGGCUCAGGCCAUGUGACGGCACAGGACGACACAGAGUCCUGACCAGCUGUCAUCCACACCUCUGCAAGCCUGUCAGCUGGAGAUGUGUCCUCUGCAGCAGGAGGACAUCCUCCAUCCCCGUUUGCUGACCUUCCUGCCCUAGUACAUGACCACGGCUACCUCCCCGUCCGCUUUGAUGCUCUUGUGGACAUUUCAGGAUUUGUUGUGCGACGGGCACUGAAGCAGCUGUCCUGUGAUGCCAGCCUGGUGACGGACGCUGCAUCUGCCAUUAAACACCGGAGCUACCACCUGCUGCGUCUGAAAAACAGCGGAGGUCUGGUGGGUCCAUCAGACGGCACGGUGAGGGAUGUCAGGGCAGCGGAGCGGCUCGUUCACCAGGCGUCAAGUUUCAGACCAUCACGGCCCAUCACACUGCCAGAGGUGGUGUACGGCGUGCGGAAGAGGAUCGGGUCAGAGGAUGUGUUCGGCGACACGCAGCAUGGCAUAGACAGCCACCGCCAUACGCUAUUAAUGUUAGUCAUGUCUGUGUUUUUUGCGCUGAGGCUGCACCACAUCGCAGAAUGGACAACACUUAGUUUACAGAGCAACAACAAGCGACAGAAGCAAUAAACCAGUCCUUUUCAAAGGGCAUCAGCCCAGUGUUACCACCCUCUCUCUCUCUCUCUCUCUCUCUCUCUCUCUCUCUCUCUCUCUCUCUCUCAUUUUUAUUAUACCCUAUACAUUACACAAUAUUACAUAUAACAUAAUACAGUUACAAUCACCUUAAUACAGUUCCAUGUGUUUUCAUGUGUUGAUUCCAUAAUAUUUGCUUGGGUUUGAAUGGAUUAGUAUUUUGAUAAAGACCUAAGCUUCUGUUUUUGCCCAGGCUGCAGUGCUGCUCUGUCUCUCGCUCUGUUUGCCAAACACACAGGCUGCCAGGUCUCUCUAUCUAUCUAUAUCUAUAUCUAUCUAUCUAUAUAUAGAUAUAGAUAUAUAUAGAUAUAUAUGCCUGCCUAGUGUGUGCACGAGGCUGCUUCUCUCCCCUCAGCGUUGUUUGUGUUUUGUUUUACAGGACUGAUCUUGUGGUUCCCUUCCACUUCCUGAUUUACACAACACUCCCGUUACUUUACAUUCUUCUUUAGUUAUUGUUAAUCCUUAUCAUGUAAUAAAUAUUAUUUAUUAUUAUUGAUUUCACUAUGUUUUUGGGUCAUUUC